UGGGUGCCCCCAUUUUGCAUACAUUUGGGCUAACCAAAGUAAGAAACAUUAUAAUGGCAAAACGCGAUCGUUCAGACACAGGUCAAGGUGGUGUUCCAGUAAAAAAGCUCAAGUUUAAACGUACGGGCAUUGAGAAAAAUGAAAGUGGAAUUUUGAUUACAGUACCUCGUGGUAAAGAGAGACAAGCAUCCAACGAAAUUAUAAAUGUCUUCUCUCAACACGUUGCUACCCUUUGGCCUGAAACAGUAGGAUCUGAGGAGACGGACAAUGAGGAAGGUGAUUUGGAAGAUGCCAUUUCACGCGAAUUAGAAGGAAUGAAAGAGAAAAAGAAAAGCAAAAAGGAACUAUUAACUCCUAUCUUGAUUGACAUACAAUGUGUGGUUUUCAUUAAAACAAGAUCUCCUGUGGACCCUGUAAAACUGGUGGAACACACAUGCAAAGAAGGGAGGACAAAAAAGAUGACUCGUUUCACCCAAAGAUUAACGCCCAUAGUUAAGACUACUGGGGCCUCCAUUGAAGACUUGGAAAACUUGGCUUCUGAGGUAUUAAAACCACAUUUUCACGAGGGACAACAUAAUCUGAAGUUUGCCGUCCAAGCUACUAUUCGAAAUCACUCAGUCAUAAAGAAGGACGACAUUUAUAGGUCUAUCGCAAAAUGCGUCGGACAUGAUCAUAAAGUUGACCUAAAAAAUUAUGAUCUUCUCGUCGUAGUUCAGGUGUUUAAGAAUAUCAUUGGAAUGAGCGUCGUAAAAGACUAUGAGCAGCUACGUAGAUUUAAUUUAAACGAGCUUUAUCAGCCAGAAAGUUUGGAAUCCAACGAGAAGACGAAAGCUUCAGAAAAGGAAAUUGCAAAGGAUGAGAACAAUCUGACUGAGGAAAUAGGAACAACCUCAGAUAUUCCAGACAAGCAAGAGUCAACCUCCGAUGCUUAGAUACAAGGACUCAAUGGACGUCUGUUGGAUUGUAAAAAACAAAAAGGGUUUUAUCUGGAAUGAGGUUUCAUUUAAUUAAACAAUAAGUUUGUCAGAUUUUAUGAGAAUAGAGGGAAAUUUACAUAGAAUACAAUUCUUAUUUGAACAUCGUCAGCC